AUGGCGGGCCGCAAGACAUUGUUGGCUCCUAUCCACUACAUCUUCAGCUUGCUGCAGAAGCGCGCCACCGUUCAGAUCUGGCUUUACGAGCAGCUGGCCUUCCGCAUUGAGGGCAAGAUCAGGGGUUUCGAUGAGUUCAUGAACCUGGUUAUCGAUGAUGCCGUGGAGGUGCGCCAAGCUACAAAGACCGAGUCGGAGAAGCGGAGAGCGCUUGGCCAGAUUCUUCUCAAGGGUGACAACGUGUCCCUCAUUCAGGCGGUCUAA